GGUCGCUGUGUGAUGCUCUGGUUCAUCCACCGGUGCUUCGUCGUUGAAUGACUAUGUAUGGGUCAUUUUGAUCAAAUCGGAGAAAAAAAUAAUAAAAGAAGCUGCACACAGACUAGGCAUGUGGGAAACAGGCUCUUCUCGACCACUUUUCUCGAACGGGAUCGCUUUUUCGUUGUUGCCCAUCUCGGGGCGCUUCUGGCGUGCCUCGGCGGUGAUCAGGAACUUGGUUCAGUCUCAGCUGCGCGCGCAUUUGGAUUCUUGACCCUCCACAGAGAAGAAAGGAGGAAAGUAAGCUCUAGUCUUAUAGAGCCAGACUGAAAGUGUCGUCUUGUGGGAAACGAAAAUGCCACCGUCAACAGCUGUCCCCUCUUUAUCGAACGACACUGCCUCGACGCCUGCAUCCUCGUCAAGCGCAUCCUUGGAUACAAGAUGGGCGUCCGGGCUCGCAGGUCAUGAGAUCCUCGAGGAUGAUGGGACCGGGGCCCUCAUUGUCCCGGCUCACACUGACCAUCGCACCACCCCCUAUACAUACAUCUGUUUGUUCCAUAUCCUAGACUGUCACAUCACAUUCGACAAUGCCGAGGACUGGAGACUCCAUGUCUUCAGCCACUUUCGCACACACGAACCUCCCAAGACAGCGCGCUGUCCCUUGUGUCCUGGGGAACGGUUUACUGAUACCCCUGAAACGAGAGCAUGGGAUGCAAUGCUCGAUCACGUCGAUGUGGCCCACUAUCAGCAGGGGCACACUCUAGCCGGCAGUCGGCCUGACUUUGAAUUGAUGCAGUACCUGUAUGGUCUGAGGAUCAUCAGCGUAGAUCAGUUCAAAGUGAUGCAGCUCCCACCGCCACCUUCGAGCCCUGCGUACCAUCAAUCGCAGGAACCAGUUCGUGCGAGCAUCGGGUCCUCCGAUGAGCCCUACUGUGCCCCGUAUAGUCGGCGACGCGAGGAGAGGAUGCGUAACCAGCGUCGAGGGGUUAGCGUCGCUUAAUGAGCUGCGAUAAGUUUGUUUUCUUCUACACCUGCGUGCACAUGCAAUCCUCCAUUUUGUCUCAUCUAGGCUCAUUGCCAUGUUCUCUUCUGGCAUGUCGUUUAUAUGUUUUAUCGAGUCGUGUAUUAUCAGCGAUCACAUCAAAAGCAAACAAUCUGGUAUUAUGAGGGAUGAUAUGGACUAUGUUGGAAUGUUGAGUUCGAAUGUCUUCAAUAGCAGUUGACAGUUAUAUUUUCAUGACAUAUCC